AUGAUGAAUCUGGCAGCAAAAAAUACCGACCACUUUCAACCGGAAGCAACGGAAGCUUACCGCGCAGGUCAUCAAUGCGCUAUGGAUAAAGCACGUCAGGCAGCAAAGAAAACUGAUCCAGAAGAAAAGAAGAACUUUCUAAUGGCAGCCUACGCAAUGGAAGCUUUUGCAGGCCACUAUCUUUCUGACUGCUUCUCAAGCGGUCACAUCAGGUAUGAGUUUCAUUUUUUCGGAUACAUAUAUUGAUAGCUACCGAUUCCAUGCGAGAUCCGUACUAAAAAAUAUUUUCUUGAAGUCUCAGAAGCGGCCCAAGCCGAAGGUCGAGUGACGCUUAUGAGACCAAGGGAAUUUUCUUAAGCGCGGGACAAUCUGAAGGUGGACAAUCUGAAGGUGGUCUUCAAGUACAGCUUUUGUGGUCAUAUUUGAGCUAAGUAUAUAAUAGAUUAUGCUUAGCUGACACAUAUGACUAACUUUUACAUUCGUCGUUGCCAUAUAUAGCUAGUAUCUAAGACGAAGAUAUGCCGGUCAAACUAAUAUUUACGGAAGAUCUUGAAAACAUCUCGAAUUAAAUGAACAUCUAAUAAAUUGAUGUAUGUCCUGAACCUAAAAAAGACCUUAUGAAGGUUAAGGAUAUGACCAUGUUAUUGAUAAAAGAAUUUUUAGUAUUUCGUCAAAUCUGGCAAAGCGAUCCUCAUGCAUUAAUUUUUUUCAAUAUAUUAGAAUAACUUGGAACAAUACAUAAUAAACCUAUCGCGUGUCUUAAUAUUGUUUCGGGAAAAUCAUGGCUUAUCAUAACAAGGUGCAAAAUUUUAUGGAUUUCUCGAUUCAGGGGACAUUUUUACGCUUAUAAUAUAUGGAUCAUUCCAGCUAUCGACUAUUUUUUUAUCUAAACAAGAAAGACAAAUACCUAUCAUUAUAUAGCUCAAACGAGCAUGCCAAAAUUAGUAAAAUUGCAAAGUUUGGUUGCGAAAUGUUUUAAAAUACGAAAAAAUAAAGCCCUGUGAAAUUACCAAAUUUUGAGUAUUUUAGUAUUAUGUGCGGAAAAAUGCACCACUUUCGGCUCAAAAGAUCUUUCGUCAUAUUUUUUUAUAUUAAAAAUUGCUUUGUUCUUUGGAUAUAGAACGCCGAGAGCAGAAUUGGAAACAUUUCUGGGAACGGCGUAUUGGCCUCUUCAUUUAUUAUUCGCCAAUGUUGGAGAUUACCUCAGCAAAGAGAUGCAUGACGAAGACGGCAAAUAUGGCUUGCGUGUCAAAAAUAAAAGAGGGGACAUGUGGACAGCAUACGGUGACAAAUCUCUACAUGUUGGAAAAAAUGCUCGUAAUUACAAGCUUGUCAUAGAGGCAAUGCAGAAAUCUGCUGAUCAAGUGUAUAAGGCAUUCCGGGAUCCUACUGCGAAGAUAGAUUUUAGCGUAGUGACGGAUAUCCUACCGUUCGUUGAUGUGAAGGCUGAGAACAACACCCCGUUGUCUCAGAAAAAGAAUGGCAUAUGGUAUUAUCGUUCGAAACUUGAUUUGCAAAGUACCCAUACAACAAAACUUGGAAAGGGAAUUCAAGUCGCACUCUUUUUGUGGAGAAAUCCCGCUCGUACAAAUUCUGUCAAUAAAUGA